CGCCAACAUCACGACGUGUCGCUCGCGCCUCGCGAACGUUGGAUUUACACGCAUUCGUUUUCCUCACCCUCUUUCACCCUCGCCGACAGGUACUCGAUUCGUCGGCGGCCGAUCAGUGAUCCGAUAUCGAUCGAUAGGGAAACCGUCGAUCUCCGACCCCUUUCCGGCAGUGGAUUUCGCGAAUCGCACGGAUAAUUCCGAAUUUGCCGAUCGGGUUUCACGUAGCAGCAUUUAAUAUACAACGACACCCACCCCCGCAUUUUGGGAGUGCGACAGUGCAUUAAAAGUGCUCCGAUCGACGUUGGGAUGUGGGCCGCGCGAUCGCGAAUGAAUGACGAUUGAAUGGCGAUUUGUUCGCCAAGACGUCUUUCGCCUCUGCGUCCGCUUAAAGUGAACGUUUCCGCGCUCGCGAUCGAUGGAACGGAUCGAAACUGAUCGCGAGAUGAUGAUAGAAUAAACGCGCGUGCCGUUUAUGAUUCGGAUCAGCGGUGCUGCGUCCUCGACGAAAGGAGCUGUGAGAUACGUAUCCUGCAACGGGGACAUAGACCGGAAGUGACUGCAUUGUGCGUGUCGCCGUCAUUGCGGUAAACGGCGCGUAAAAGUGCGCGUAACCACCGAGUCACACGAGAUAUCCGGGUUUUUCCGGAUCUAUUGUGCCGCGAGGAGGAUUUCCCCUGGGAGGAUCCGGCGGAGAUUCCGGAGGACCGCACUGCAUUCGCAGCGAGAUUUAGAUGCGAUUCUGGCACUCCCUCGUCCUAAGAAGUUCGUACGCAGUGUCCUUAAAGUGUAGUUCCGACAUCCAUAUUUCGAAAGAGAUGUUUAUUUAAAGAAAGGACUCGAGUAUUAAUCAUCAUGAGGAUACUUUGGAUCGUGGUGGGCAUCUUAUUCGAGACACACUUGUAUUUUACAGUAAGCCAGGCAAAGCAUCAGCAGAACUCAAGUGCCAAUAAUGCAAUCGUCUCAUUGAAUGUCCCGGAGGGUAAAAAUGAAGAUGCUCUUGAAGGACCAAUUGGAGAGGUGCUUGCUCAAAGUGGUAGCACGGCAGUUUUGCCGUGCAAAAUUACCGAUCCUGGGGCUGGAACCAUUACAUGGGUGAGAAGAAGAGACAGACAAUUGUUAACAGUUGGUACUAGUACGCACUCCAUCGACAAGAGAUUUAUGGUUAGGCACUCGAGCACUGAUUGGCAGCUCAUUAUACGUGCCGUAACGGUAGACGAUGCUGGCAUCUAUGAAUGUCAGGUGACGUCGCAUCCGGUGCAGCGAAACUUCGCCCGUCUGAAAAUCACGGAAGCGUACUCGAUAAUACCAGGUGCGCCUGAUUUGCACGUGAAGCAAGGCUCGAGUCUCCGUUUGGAAUGCCAACUUAUGGCAGCCACGGAAAGGCCCCUUUACGUCUUCUGGUAUCGUCAGGGCCGUAUGAUAAAUUACGACGAGGAGCCCGGUGUCGACGUCAAGCUUACGACGAACGGCUCCAUUUUAACGGUGAACAAAACGAAGCUUACGCACAACGGCAAUUACACGUGCGCGCCUAGCAACGCCAAGGCGGCGUCUGUCACGGUCCACGUGAUUGAAGAAGAGGAGAAGCCGGCGGCGAUGCACGGAGGUGACAGAAGGAACCUCAGCCCGGCAAUUUUGGCGAGCAACUUUCUGGUGUCUCUCCUAGCGGCCGUCAGCUGGAGGAUACCGAGUUUCACGAACCUUUAUCCAACGUGAAUUACCGCUGUCCCUCCGGCGGCGGCAUUUUACUGUCCCUCUGCGACGAGGGUCCCCCCGUCGAGGAAACGAGUUCCCGGGUCAUCGUUCUGCUACUCGGCGCGAUGCGACCCCAAGAAGAAACUCCGUUCACGGAGAUUGUGCGCAUUGUGGUACCCACAAACUCGGCGAUACCUUACUCGGUUUACCUUGUAAAACGUGUGUUUUUCUUGCGUAAAUUAAAUAAACGCAGUUCGGGGGUGGCAGUCGCGAUAUGCGCGUGUCUCGUCUCCGACAGUGUCCUGUGAGCUCAAAGGUUGUCAGCGAGUCUGUUGGUUUGUUUAGUGCACACAUCUGUGAGAAACCCUCUCUUCAACUCCUCCCUUAUUCCUUUAUCUACUUCUAUCUUGGCCCGUUUUCGCGCGAGUGCCGCGAGUAAAUGUGCUUGGCCGGACGAUUCUGCUCCGUUUUGGAAUUGAGCUAGCGAUUUACUAUAGGAUAUGUUUUAUUCUAACACAUACGCACACAUAAGACACAUACACACACACACAUACACAUACACAUAUACACUUUCUCGUGUAAUCUCCGUCUCUCAUUGCGUGCGAAGUUACAAUCCAAGCUCCUGUCCACGCGACAUUUCCAUAAAGAUGAGAAAUAAGAUUUCAACACGUAAAUACAAAUGCAAUUUCUCCUGAUAUAUAGAUUUCUUUAAUGAUUAUAAAUUAUAUAAAACGAUAGGCGAAGGAACUUUCAACACUUUACGAAGUUUAUAUAAUUUUGACAAAUUGGCUUUACAUAUUGCAUAAAGAUAUAACGCAUGAAAUUACAUAAAACAUUUUAUCGUAUAAUAAAUUUCUCGCAUAUAUUCAGAUUUUGAUUUCAGAAGUAAUAAUAUUCUCUUUUUUAUCAUUGUUUAAGCUAGAUUACAACCGUCUCGGAAUAACGUGAAUCGCAAUGAGACGAGACGAUUAUCGAGCUAUGGUACUAAGGUACGUCGUAAGGUAUGCAUUUGGUGAAAAAGUCGCGUAAGCGGAAGGGGAGUCUCGAUUUGCUUGGACAAGAAAACUCGGUUUCUCGCAGGAAAUACGUUUCCCGAUGAGAACCCUUCCGCUCGAUAAUGCGGCUCGUCGAUACCUUUCAGUGUGCGUGAGUCGGCGAGUCAUGCAUUUCUUUGUAUGUGCAUUCUACAUAUACAUAUAUACACUUAUGUAUUCGUUACGUACACAAAAAUAUAUACGGCGGCAACUCGAUUUAUCGCUCUUCCAAUUAAUCGUCAUACCAUUCAUAUUUUCGAAUCCCAAAGUGAUUUGUAUCGCUUAUCGUUUGUCGCGUAUUCAUUAAUCGCGCAGAUUGUUUUUCGUUUUGUCCCAAAACAUCCCCUCUGAAAACGUUCGAUCGAGUUUUCAUCGUAUAUUAUUAUUAUAUAAUGUAGAAGUUGUUGCGGAAAUCGUGUUUGUUGUGACCAGCACAUAUGCGGUAAUAACGACGAAUUGUGUUCUAUAUAUAUUCUAUAAUAAAUCGUCUGCUAUCAAGACUUGUUUUUAUUUCAUAAAACGGGAUUCGAUAUAAAUAUCAAAAAAAAAUAUAUUUAAAAUUUGUACUUGAAUAGACGACUAAGCAGAAAAUUCGAAUAAAAAGAAUCCUACUGAGAGAUUAGCAUAGGACGAGAAAAGUAUAUUUCGAACCAAAGCUCUGAUUCCACAUUUAAUAUAAUUUUAUCUUCAUAUGGGGUAGCAGAAGAUUUAAAUAAAUUUUUCGUCGAGUAGAAUAUGCGCUGCUUGGAAAUCACGAUGAUAGGACACAAGCGGAUUUCUUGCGACAACUUGAUUACGCGAGCCUGAAGUGGAUGAGCGACGUUCUUUCCGUGCUGUAGAAAGCCUUACCUCAAUUCCCGUCGACUCUCACAGUGUCAUUGUGAAGGGGUUCUUCCCCGACACCUCGCGAUCUCUCGAAUGGGUAUACAUCGAAGCAUCUUCGCAGUGUUUGUUCGCUCGCAGUGUACAUCUAUCUUUAAAUAAACGAUAAACGUGUGUUCGAAUGUUGGAUGUGAGGAGAAGAUUGGCGAACACUAUCGCGAACGUUUACCCUCUUUCUCUCUGUUCCUUCGGUCAUUCUUCUUUCGCUCGGUGUAUACCUACUUUCGUACGUCUUCAAGAUUGAAAAAUGAUUCAACCUUGGACGGUUCGAGCGAUCGAGUCUUUCGAGAUACAUAAAGUACACUCUUUCCUCAAUUUUAACGAAAUCGGAUUUUACUCGAUAUUCUCCAACGACUUCACUCGAUGACGCAGAUGUACGUGGUUGCCAUUGAUCGAGACACGAUUAGUAAAGCCUCGUCUGUAACCGUUCUUCAUUUCGUUAGAACAAUCAACGUAACGUAAAUAAGUUGAGAAGUUCUCUAAAAAAUAUCUAUGAAAUCCUUUAAAAAAAUAUCUCCCAGACACACACAUCUCUUUUAGAUACUUGUCGUUUAGAUAUCGGGCUUGCGGAUUGUAAAGUAAUAGAAGUGAGAGCAGAGAUGGCGAGAGAAGGAGUGUAAAUUUUCGAAAGGAUUCUCGCGUUUCCACGACGGUUCACGAUUCCUCGCAAAUGGCGUUGAUUUCGUAGCUUUCGUGCGAUGAAGAGAAAACACUUGAGCGUCACGGUCUUUAAACCAUACAUCGAGUUUUAUGCGCGGCACGCACGACACGAGGCGAUGCGGCCGCGAACACGCGCUCAUCAACGUUAUUUAUCUGGAUACGUGGAAUCAAUGUAAAUACUAAACAUUCUAAUUACGCAUUCAAUAAAACAUUAAUCGUGACUAUA